GAAACAGAAAGGCCAAUUCCCGCGUCUCGGCACGCACGCACGAACGUACAGUAGAAUUCCCUUUCAUUCCAUAAACCCCAAAUCCCCGAAUUCUAAAUCCCUAAAUCAAUACACUGAAAUGGCUUCCCGCGACUCUCGCGUUAAAGAUCCAUUGUACUGUCGCAAGGAGAAAUCUCUCGGCCUCUUAUGCACCAACUUCCUGAGGUUGUACAAUCGCGAUGGUGUAGAGUCGAUUGGGUUGGACGAUGCCGCUUCUCAGCUGGGUGUUGAACGGCGAAGAAUAUAUGAUAUUAUAAAUAUAUUGGAGAGCCUCUGGGUUUUGGAGAGGAAGGGUAAGAGUCAGUACACUUGGAAAGGUUUUGGUGCUAUACCUGAGGCUUUGAAGUUCCUUAAGGAUCAGGGAGUGAAAGAAGAGUUUGGUGCCUAUAUUUCUGAUGUCCCAAACAAGGAAGAAUGUGGACAACCAUCUCAGUCAAAGACUGAAGGGCAGGACAAAUAUCCUGAAUCAGACAAAGAACACAAGAGGGAAAAAUCAUUGGCUUUGCUGGCUCAGAAUUUUGUGAAGCUUUUCCUUUGUUCUGAUGUGGACUUAAUAUCACUCGAUCGUGCUUCAUUAGCUUUGCUAGGGAAUGUUCAUGACGCAAAGGCUAUGAGAACAAAGGUCAGGCGCUUGUAUGAUAUUGCAAAUGUGUUUUCAUCAAUGGGACUUCUUGAAAAGACCCGUGAUGUUGAUAGUGGAAAACCAGCAUUUCGGUGGAUAGGCAUGGGAAGAGACCGUGCACAUGGAUCUUCUAUUUCACUAGAUGUUAAAAAUUCCAAAAGGAGAGUAUUUGGGGACGACAUCACAAAUACAUUGGUUAAAAGAAGCAAUACUAAUGCCUCGUUUGCCUGGAAACUGAAUGAUUCAGUCAAUAAGGGGAACUGUUCGAAAGACAAACACAAACUAAAAGGUGCAAAUGAUGGUUCACCAACUCAGCAACUCCAGAAAAAUAGCCAAAAGAGUUUUGUGUUUGGUCCCUUCACUCCAAAUGCAGCCACCUCAGCAGAUCAUGGAAACAGAAAUAGCGGGCGAAUUCAAGACCAGGAGAGUCUCCCUUUUGCUUCCCAACCCAAGUAUUCCAAUCGAGCCAUUUAUGAGCUUUUCCAACAUUAUGCUGAAGCUUGGAAAACAUGGCAUGUCGAAGCUGAGAAUAAACAGGAGACAAACCCUGGUCCGGGUUCAUAAUCCACGUUCAGCUCUAUACAUCCAUUUUCUUGUGAGAUUGGAGCCAAAUGUUUGUUUUUCCUUUGUAUAUUUUUCUGUUGAUAUACUGCUUGAAUAGGCACAUUCCUCUAAAUCUGGUACUAGCUUUUGAGGAAUAACUAAUAAGCAUAUCUUGCACACUACAAACAUGUUGUGCUCGUGAUUUUUGGAUACAAAUCUGCAGCACUUUGGUCUUUUUGUCUGUCAAAACUAGAAUUUUGUGUUAUAUCAGGUGAAUUUUUAGUUACAAGUUUGCGGCGUUCUAUUUGUUUUGUCUAUGAUAUUGAUAACUAGGAUUUUGUGUCACUUGAUGCAUGGUGAUUAAAAACUGUCCUCUGGACAAUCUUUCUAUUUAAAAACAGCUUGGAUAGAAUAUGAUAGUCAAAGUUGAUGUUUAUAAAACAGCUUGAUAUUAUUUAGAAUUGGAAAUGCGCG